CGCCCGAACCCCGCGCUGUCAUGUCCCCGCCGCGCGGCGGGCCAUCGCGUCCCCGAGUCGCUAUAUAAGCGCAGGCCAGGGGACACCCGGAGGGGCUGAAGAUGAGGGUGCCCGCGCAUGGGCCCCCGCUAACUGCCAACGCCUCCCGAGCCGGCGCGGCGCGCGGAGCCCGCGGCCGCCGAGGACCCGCCUCGGCCGCAGUAGCAGCUGGAGCUGCGACAGAGGCGGCGGCGGCGCCCGUCGCUCCAGCGCGUAGAGCCGCGGCCGCAGCCCCGGGGCCGCCGCUGCCCCGGCUGCCAUGAGUUGUGCGGAGGUGAUGUAUCACCCCCAGCCGUAUGGAGCGCCCCAGUAUCUGCCCAACCCCGUGGCAGCUGCAACCUGCCCCACAGCCUGUUACCACCCGGCGCCCCAACCUGGCCAGCAGAAGUUAGCGGUAUACAGCAAGAUGCAGGACUCUCUGGAAGUCACCCUUCCCAGCAAACAAGAGGAGGAGGAGGAGGAGGAGGAGGAUGAGGAGGAGGAGGAGAAAGACCAGCCUGCCGAGAUGGAGUACCUUAACUCUCGCUGUGUCCUUUUCACUUAUUUCCAGGGAGACAUUGGGUCAGUAGUGGAUGAACACUUCUCAAGAGCUUUGGGCCAAGCCAGCACCCUUCAUCCAGAAUCUGCCAUUUCAAAAAGCAAGAUGGGGCUAACCCCCUUAUGGCGAGACAGCUCAGCUCUGUCAAGCCAGCGGACUAGUUUCCCGACUUCCUUUUGGACCAGCUCUUACCAGCCCCCACCCGCACCCUGUUUGGGGGGCGUUCAUCCUGACUUCCAGGUCACGGCACCCCCGGGCAGCUUCGCGGCCGCCGACCCCAGCCCCUGGCCGGGCCAAGGGCUGCACCAGACUGGCUCCGCCCCCGCACCGCCCGCGUCGGAGUCCUGGGCCUACCCGCUGGCUUCUCAGGUGAGCCCGUCCUACGGCCACGUGCACGACGUGUACCUGCGGCCCCACCCCCCGCACGUGCACCGCCGCCAUCACCACCACCAUCACCAUCACCACCUCCCUCCGGCGGGCUCCGCGCUGGAGCCGCCUUACGGGCCCCUGCUGAUGCCCUCCGUGCGCGCGGCCCGGAUCGCCGCGCCCCCGUGUGACGUCACGAAGGCGGAUCCCGCGACAGUCACCUCCGCUACCUCAGCGUGGGCCGGAGCCUUCCACGGAGCCCUGGACGUGGUGCCGAGUGUGGGCUUUGACGCAGGUCUACAGCAUCAGGACAAGGGCAAGGAAUCACCGUGGUACUGAAGCACACAGUGUUAUCAAGUUAAAUUGGAGCAUGAAUCCAUGGGCCCACUGGGAAAAGAUGCUGCCAGGGACUGUCAUUCUGCAGCGGGACAUAUUAGACGCGGAAGGAAAAGAGGAAGUGCUCUCCAGAUGACUUUGGUUUGGAGCCUUUUCUUGAGAAAGCAGAAUGAGUCCUAGACAUUGAAGAAAAGCAUUUUUGUUUAUUUCUUUCCCUCAUCUGAGCCUUUGCCAACUGUGCAACUCUCUCUCUCUUUUUUUUUUUUUUGUUUUGCUUUUAUCAAUACAUAUUUUAAUUUUUGGUUUGACUUUUUUUUUUUUUCCUUCUUUUUGAACCAAUUACCUUGUCAGGAAACAAUGAACCACAAAGAAAAUAUUCAUUCUUUCAGGAAUACAAUUUUGUAUUUCUAUGUUCUUCUAUUUUUGUAAAAAUAUGGGAAGUUUGAUUUAGCAUUGAUGGGCUAUUUUUGAAGGAUUUUUUUUUAAUAUUGUAAAAAUUGUUAAGUUCUGUUUAAAGAACUUGCUCUCAGAGAAGCACUGGCUAAAGUGUUUAAAAUGCUUGUCUCUAAGAUAUCUGUGAUAUGCUCUGUGCUCUAAGUUACCUCAAAUGUGUGAUAGUUUCUCCUUUUUACAAAAGUAGCACCAUAGCCAAGCCAAUAUAGUAUUGUUUCACAUUAAGUCUCAGUGAAGAUUUAAUUCCAUGAUAGCUUACUUAGUUCUGAGUUACAUGUGUAGCUUGAAAAGGAAGUUUUUUAAUGAUCACACUAAAAAGCUAUUCAUUACUUUAAUUUCUCCCAAAGACUGCUUGGAGGUUGACUAAGAAAGUUUUCAUAAACUUUCAAUCAGAUGGAGAGUUUGCCUGAAGUAUAUAAUUAUCUUUGUAGUCCAUCCAACUUUGAUAAAAUGGAACCAGAAUUUACAACCAGCUACUGGGGGCAGGGGGAAAGCAUUUAACCAUGCUAUCUUUGAGUGCCAGUGACUUAUUUUUCUUGUUUAUAAUUAUUCAUUAAGUGAGUUUUUCCUGAAGAUAGUUUGAAAGGAUUCUGUUUGGGAAAGUACUAGACCCAUGACAAAACCUUUCACUCAGUGGCUGUUUCUGAGAGUUUUAUCCAUCAUUAUAAGUUGAAGGUUAAUGUAUUUCAUAUGUACUGUUUUAAAAAAGGUUUUUGCAAGUCUUAUUUGUUUAAUUCUGGUUUUAAUUGAUCUGAUUCUUUUUAAGAAAAAAAUUGGGGGCAAGGUAUAUUUAAAUUGGGAUUUAUACUAUAAUUACUGAAAUUAAGUUAAUAAAUUAGCAAUUUAUUAUUUGAAAUUUAUUACUGGGGACUCAGGAUUCAACUUGACAUGGCCCUCAGGAUCUAAAUAAGAAAAAGUUAGGAUUAUCAUUAAAAUACUAUUAGGAAAAGAUUAGGAUUAUCAAAAAGCAGUUAUUGAUAUUUUAAAAACUUUCAAUAUAAAGUCCAUUCUUUCAGAUGCUUCCAGAGUUGGGUCAUGUUAAAAAAGUUGUGUUACAUAGAUGUUUUAGUUUGUCAAAAAUGUUUCUCAAAUUUUUUCCAUCCCUGUCCUCAUCCAUGUGAAAUUAAAUGUUUAGUGAAAUUUCAUUUCCUAUCUUAAAUAGUAUAACUUAUAUGUGUGAACAUUUUAGGUAUAAGAACAACACAGUCUGCUUAGCUAGGCAAAAUUCUCACAGAUCAUUUUCAAAUAUUUCCCUGUUGUUCCAUAGUUUUCUUUCCUGGUGCAUCUUAUUAGUUAUAAAUUCAUGCCCUCUCUUGUAUUUUCAUCACUAUAUUUCUUCUUAACCAGACUCCCUUUGACAUGGUAUACACGUUUACCUAAUGUGAGGUCUAAACUUAAGGAAUCGUCCACUUACUAAUGAUAUGAACUUAGAUUUCUAGGGAGUGGCUUGAUUAAAUUAUCUACCUUUUGAUCUGCAGUUUAAUUUGAUAUAGUUAUUUGUACUCUGCCUUUAUCUGUGUAGCACAAGGUUUAAUGAAUCUUUAAAAUGGGUUUAUUUUGUAUCCUCCUGAAUUCUCAAAGGCCAGUGUUCAGCAGCUUCCAUGGGAUAGUUCAGUGGGGAUUAUUUAUUUUUCUCUUCUUCCCUUGGAACCUGUUAACUUUGCAGUUUCUCUUAGAAUUGUGUGGUAUUCCAGUUCAUUCAGAUCACUCAAUUGGAUUUUCCCAAUUUUGAGAAGAAAUAUUUCAACUCUCUGCUUCUUUCCUUACUCUCUAGUGAAUUGAGUUGAAGGAGAGAGAGCUGACAGGUAGCUUCACCCUAAAUUUAGGGUGGCACUGGGCCGUGUGUCACUCCUGGUAGCUAUCUAGUAAAAUAUUCCUCGGCUCUGAGGACCCAAGAAAAGUUAGGGACCUAAAUUCUGCUGUAUGCAGGAGAGAUUUGUGAAUAAGAUCUCCCACUGAAAACAGGCCUGGGUGGUGUUGGCACUUUGCAAAGAUUGGAUCCUUGCAUAUACAAAGAGUGGAUCUAAAUCUAAGUCACAGAAGAAUGGGUGUGUCUCUGUGAUUGUCUGACAUGCCUUUGUUAUCAUUAUAUUACCAAAAUCACCAGAUGUCAUACAAGGGAUGAGUUGUAAUUUAGUAUGAUAAUCUGAGUUUAAGUUUUAAAUGCUGUCAUUCUCUGGAUGGAUUUUCUCCCACCAAAAUGAUACUGUUUAUCUCAGAGGUUUCUAGACUGCAUUAUUGAGGGCUACCAUUUCCCUCUCCAGUUUCAUUUGGAAACAUUUUGCUUUUGGUUAUUUUACAAAUUAGUCUGUAUUCAAGCUUUCUAAAGAUCUGUGAGCUAGACCCUAGGAAAUUAUCUCAUUGAUUUUCCAUCUAAUCUAUGCUUUGACCACUAAGCUAUCUUGAUCUGAGGAGCAAUAAAAUAGUGACUAGUUAGAUCCGAACAAGUUAUUUGGUUCCUCACUGUUAAUUUGAAAAGCACCUCUAAAUGUUUAAAAAUCAAUGUUUCUUCUUAAUAAGGCUAACAAUCCCUUCUUAACUUUCCCCUUUAAUUUUUCUCCCCUCUUUCAUCUUAUGUGCAUUAUUAUUUUAAGCAAAAAGUAACAGGAAUUACUCUACAUUUUGCCAUGAGAACAAGUGGAUUGGGAGUAACAGAAAUUAAUUUCUUUCAUGUUGUAACAACCUUUAAAAAAAAAAAACAGUUCCAGGCACUGGCAUAAAAUGUGCCCUUAUGAAGCUCCUUAUUUAUUAUGCAAAUAGCAAUCAGAUACUGUAUUUUAAGAAACUGCAUUCUGUCCCUUACUGAGUAGCCCUUGGUUACAUAAUAUAUGCCAAAUUAAGAAAAUGGGUCAGUGACACUAAGCAGUAGAAAAGGACAGUAUUUAUGUUACAAUUCUGACUGGAGGGUGAAUAGAGAAGCAAUGAAUCAAUGAAAAAAAAUUGACUUGGACAUUGAUCAUUUUCUGAAUUCUGGCUUAGCCACAAUUAGAUGUGUGUUUUGGGGCUUCAUUUAUUUAUCUCGUGAGUAAAGUAGGAUAAUAAUACCUAACUGGCAGGCUAGGAAGGUUGGAAAUUAUAUUGCACACACACACACACACACACACACACACACACACACACACUCUCAAUAACAUGGCUCAUAGUAGACAUUCAGUUAAUGACAGAUUCCUCAAGUAUCUGUCAGCUGAGUAAGUAAAUAAUCAAAUUGCGCUCCCAAGUGUCCCUUUUCUUUACACACCCAUAUCUAUAGAAAGUUGAUAUACAGCUGUGCUUUUAUGUAAGAAAUCGUUGCAAGAGAAUCUUUGUCUUCUACUAGAUGUUGAAGAGAAAAUGUAAAUUUCUUAAUUAUUUCUGAUAUCUUAAUGUGCUGUUUAUGAAGGAAAAUAAAUUAACUUCUUAGUGGUAUAUAGGUCCAACUCUGAGUUUUCUUACAUUUCAGACUUGUAUUCAUCCAGAAUCCUGUGAUUAUUGUCUCCAAAAUGAAAGUGACAGUUUCAUGAAAUCACCAAAGUUUUUAUUAUUUUUUUUUUAUUAUAGUUUGGGCUUUCUUAGCACCUAGAAUAAAAACAUCUCCUUUGAAGUUAGCCGUUUUUUUUUAACUUGGAGGAAAAAUUGCAAAAUAUGGUGGAAAAAAAUUUUUCCGCAUGAAAAGAGGAGAAAAAAAAAACAACUCUUUACAGUCUCAGUCAGCAGAUUUAUUUGACUUGAGAAAAAAGAAACAACUUCAUUGGAAGCAGAUGUUGACACUGUGUCAGUUGUUGAAGAUGGAAGUUCGCUUGAGCCAUUGUGGUUAUAAGGGAGGUAUUGAUGGCCAUUAGAAUUCUUGUGAUUGAGCAUCUUAACAGCAGAUAGGACACUGGAAAAGCCAAAACUAUGAUACCAAGACUGAAAUCAGCCUGCCAAUUGUAAUUUACUGGACCCUAAAGACUCAGUUGUUUUAUUUUUUCCUCCUCCAGAAUAAAAGACCUAUCUUUCAAAAGAUUUAAGGUGGGUUUUGAGAGAGAAAUUAAAAUAUAUUCUCUAAAAACAUAGCCCAAGAGCCCUUUAUUAUUAAAGAUUAAAACUAAUAUUUAAGUGAUUUUAGAGGAAUCAGGGUAAAAUUUUGGUUUAAUAGUAUAUGUUGAAGAAAUAGUCUCACAGACAUAGAGAGCAGACUUCUGGUUGCCAAGGGGGAGGUGAGGUGAGGGAAGUAAGGAUUGGGAGUUUAGGAUUAGCAGAUGGAAACUAAUAUAUUUAGGAUUGAUAAACAACAAGGUCCUACUGUGUAGCACAGGGAACUGUAUCCAGUAUCCUGUGAUAAAUCAUAAUGGCAAACAACAUGAAAAGGACAUACAUAUACAUAUAUAUGUGUGUGUGUGUAUAUGUAUAUGUAUAUAAAUAUAUUAACUGAGUCACUUUGCUGUACCAUUGUAUUGAAAAAAUUAACACAGCAUUGUAAAUCAACUAUAGUUCAAUACAAUUAGAAAAAUAAUGUAUAUUGAAGAAGGAUAUGUAAACUGUACACAAAUGGAAGGCUCUAGAAAGUGGGGAAAAGGUGAGGUCCACAAAGAAACCUCACAUCCUAAUAGUUUCACAAUGUUAAUUAAUUGGUGACUUGAUCUUAGAGAUUGGGCAUAGAACACACUUCAGAAUUUGUCAGUAGGUUUUUUUCUUUUUAGUGCUCUCUUGGAAUUUCCCUCUGUACACUUUUCCAAAGUAUAGAAAUAGUCGUAAUUAAAAUAUCUUAAUUCUGUUAUUUCUUUUAUUGUCCAUUGUGUGUGCUUGUUUGAAAAAUAUUUUUAUGGUUUCAAAUAAUUGAUCAAACUAGUGCUCUCUUGAAAUUGCAAAUUAAUUUGAUCCAAUUCAAUUAUCCAAAUCUUCUUUUAAAAGUUUAAGAAAUGGUAAGUAAAAUUUACCAAUUCUCUUGUGUAAAUAAACGGUCACACCUUCUAGAAAAUGACAGGUCAUCAUCAGUUAGCUUCCUUGUUAACAAUUUCUGGACUACUAAAUUUUGACCUAAGAAUAACUCUUUUAGAAUACAAGAUUCUUUAAUUAGUUGUUUGGUAUAUGUAUAAGAUGUGAACUCUUCUAUGAUGUCUUUUUAUAUUGAUAGAGCUGUACAUUUUUUUCUUUGCUAUGACUAGGGCAAAAUUUAAUGAUUAUUUACACACUUGAUUUAAUUUUUUAGACUGUUUACAAUCUUGGAUGUGGUAUCUGAUUUAAAAUCACUAUUCCAUACAUGUUUCUGGAUACGCAGUUAAGGGAAGGGUUUUCAUGUGAAGUCUUUGUAUCAUUUUAAAAUGAGUAUAUUGAAAGGGAAAACAUAAACUCUGUUUUCAUCACAUAAAUUUAGAUCAGGUGAAAGCUUUUGUAAAAAUACAUAGUACAAUGAGCUUUAUAUUUGUCACUUGAUUAAGUGAACUGAAAACAUAAUAGAAAUGUUAUCUUACAACCCUUUAAUAAAAACAAAUCCAGAUUUA